ACACACUACUGAAUGCUAUUGACCUGAUUUUGCACAUGCAGCAUCUGAUAAGCAAAUUGAUUGGGGGCUUUACAGAUAUUUCUAUUCUUCACAUCAGCCAAUGUGAAAAUCAUCAGCCAAUCACAGAAUUGCAUCAGGAAUGGGUAUCAUGCUGAGAAAAUAUUCUCACCUGAAAUACAUUGUUAUUGGAUUAUUCUUGCUGGUGGCUCUUAUUACUUUAAUCACUGUGGCUAUCACACAGAAUUUAUCUUCCACCAGGAACUGUAAAUAUGGGAUUGUGUUGGAUGCCGGUUCUUCCCACACAAGUGUGUAUGUAUAUGAAUGGCCAGCUGAGAAAGAGAAUAAUACAGGAAUAGUGCAUCAGAUUCACGUAUGUGAAGUAGAAGGUCCAGGGAUCUCAUCAUAUUCUAAUGCUGUGGAAAAUGCCAGUGUCCCCCUAAAGCACUGUAUGGAUUCAGCAAAGGAGAUUGUGCCACAGGGAAAGCAUCAGGAGACGCCUGUUUACCUAGGGGCAACAGCUGGCAUGCGGCUGCUGAGAUUGAAAAAUAAGGAUGCUGCUAGGAAGGUUCUCUCUGCAGUGGAGGAAACAUUGCGUAUAUAUCCCUUCAAGUUCCAGGGCACCAGGAUUCUCAGUGGUGAAGAAGAAGGUGCUUAUGGCUGGAUCACCCUUAAUUACUUGCUGGGCAAAUUCACAGAGUCUAUCUGGCCAAGAGUAUUUGGACAUACAUUCUUCAAAAGUAGGACAACAGGAGCACUGGAUCUUGGAGGAGCAUCUACACAGAUUACCUUUGUACCAGAUCCAGAUAAGAUUGAAUCAUCUGCAGAUAUAGUAAAUUUCCAUCUCUAUGGCAAGGAAUACAUGGUAUAUACACAUAGCUUCUUAUGUUACGGGAAGGACCAAGCUCUCCGCCUCAAGCUGUUACAAGAUGUUCUUUCUUCAACAACUGAUAGACUCCAGGACCCAUGUUUCCACCAAGGAUAUGCGAGGACACUUAAUGUUUUUGAUCUGACCACAAAUCCCUGCACAGCACGUAACGUCACUGUACCGUAUUCUCAGAUCCAAAUCCAAGGUGAUGGGAAUUAUGAAAAAUGCUUAGAAAGCAUCCAGAGAAUCUUUAAGACUAAAGACUGUCUUUACUCCAGCUGCUCAUUCAAUGGCAUUUUCUUGCCUGAGGUGUCUGGAGAAUUUGGGGCAUUUUCUGCUUUCUACUAUGUAAUGAAUUUUCUAAAUGUGACCGAAAAACCUAUGGACCAAGUGAUAGAGACACUGAAGAACUUUUGCUCCAAAUCCUGGAAUGAGGUGAAAGACGAAUUUCCUAAGGUAAAAGAGAAGUACCUGAGUGAAUAUUGUUUCUCGAGUACGUAUAUUAUCUCCCUGCUCAGCCAGAGAUACAACUUCACUAAGGAAAAAUGGCAGAAUAUCCACUUCCUGGAGAAGAUUGAAAAGAGUGAUGCAGGAUGGACGCUGGGCUAUAUGCUAAACCUUACCAACAUGAUCCCUUCAGAGCAGCCCUACACACAUCUCUUGUCUCACACAGGUUUUAUCAGCUUCAUGGUCAUCUGCUCUGUUCUAGUGAUGACUCUGCUCUUAGUAGGCUGGAUGAUGUAUCGUAAACCAAAGUGCCUGAGAAAGGAGAUAAUUUAGGGUGCAGAAGGUAGUAUGACACAUCUAUGGAAACACUGUGGUCAAGAUCAGGAGGUUGUACUUUCCUUACUCUGCUCUGCUAAAAUAUCUAGUUUAUAUGAGGGCUUUCUGGACCAUUUGCUCUGGCACCAACAGAUGCCAAAACAACAGCAUGCUACCAUUUUAUUCAUCUCCCUCAGAUUGAAGACUCACUUUUAAUCCUACUCUAAUUGAGGAUUGAUAAAUUCUUGCACCCACUCAGGUGUGCCCCUCUCUCAGGUAUGCCACUUCAUACAUUGCUUUGGUCCUGGAAAUACAGCACAGGGACAUCCAGUCAGAAAUGAUGGGCUGAACACUGCAAGGACUAACUUAAACGGAUAGCUGCAGCUGCUCUUGGAUUCGGUGUUUUCUUUCAUUCUACUGGAAAAAA